AUGACUCUCAGCACCUUCUUCAUGUGGACGCUGGCCUGCUGCUGGUUGACAGGUUUGUCCUCACAGAAACAUUCAAUCAUCUUGUGUUGACUUAUUUAAUUCUGCUGCAGAAUGAAUGAUGAAUUUUCUGUCUGCAGGAUGCAGAGGUCAGGUGACUGUGACUCAGCCUUCAGUGGAGACUGUUACUCCAGGAUCCACGGUCACUCUCACCUGUAAAACUGACCCAAAGGUGAAUGUUUGGAGAGAUGGAGAUAGUCGAGUAGCCUGGUAUCAGCAGAAACCUGGACAGGCUCCCAAGUUAGUCGUCUACCUUGGUCAAAAUCCUACGAGUGAGUUUUCUUCAAGAUUCUCAGGCAGAGGAGACGGAGUGAACGCUGCUUUGACCAUCAGUGGGGCUCAGGCUGAAGAUGCUGCAGUUUAUUACUGUAAGAGUGUACAUGUCAUAAACAGUGCUGCGGUGUUCACACAGUGA